CAGCGGAGCAGGUGUGCGAUGCCGAGGAGCGCCGAGAGGGUGAUAUCCCGGCUCUUCCUUUCUUUUGCGAGCUGAGAGAAUGAGCAGGCGAGGACCACUGACCUGUCUCCACUGGGUUUCCAAGAGGUGAGUCGUGGCAGAUCCCCAGCUGGCGUUGUCAAGAUGUCGUACUUUGCCGACCACUUCUGGGGAGAAAAAAACCAUGGUUUUGAUGUUCUGUAUCACAACAUGAAGCAUGGGCAGAUCUCCUCCAAGGAGCUGGCGGACUUUGUACGAGAGAGGGUUACUGUGGAAGAGGCCUAUGCCAAAUCCAUGGUCAAGAUGUCCAAGAUGGCUGGAAACAGCAGCCAAGUCGGGACUUUUGCGCCCCUCUGGGAGGUCUUCCGCAUCUCGUCCGACAAACUGGCCCUGUGCCACGCGGAGCUGGUGAAGAAGCUUCAGGAUUUGAUCAAGGAGAUCGGGCGCUAUGGAGACGAACAAAUACGGGUGCACAAAAAGUCAAAAGAUGAAGUGGCAGGGACCCUGGAAGCUGUUCAAGUCCUACAAGGCGCCGCUCAGCAUCUCCCAAAGGUCAAGGAGAACUACCACAGCCGUUGCCAGGAGCUGGAACGUCUGCGCAGGGAAGGGGCAAGCCAGAAAGAGAUUGAUAAGGCCGAAUUGAAGUCCCGUAAGGCAGUUGAAGCCCUGCGGCGAGCUGUGGACAAAUACAACCUGGCCCGCGACGAUUUCGAGCAGAAGAUGCUGGACUCGGCUAUGCGCUUCCAAGAAGUGGAAGAUUCUCACUUGUGCCACAUGAAAGCCCUCAUCAGCUCCUACGUCCACUCAGUGGAGGACACCCAUGUCCAGAUUGGGCAGGUACACGAGGAGUUCAAACAGAAUAUGGAGAACAUCGGGGUGGAGACUUUGCUACGCAACUUUGCAGAGAGCAAAGGAACCGGCCGCCAUCCACCAGGGCCGCUGGAUUUUGACGAGCUGAGCAUGACCCCAGCACAGGAAGGACCAAAGCGAACCCGCAGCAAAGCCUUUCGCAUCCCUGGCCUGAGUCGCAAAGACCGCGAACGGGAUUCUGUGGAAUCUCCAGAGGCAGAUUCAGUGCAACCUCCAGAAGUAGAUGAAGAAGGCUUUACUGUCCGUCCUGAUACAAACCAGAAUGCACGUGAGCGUGGGAACCACUUCUGCUCGUCCAGCGAUUCAGAUUACGAUGAUGAGGAACCCCACAAGUUCUACAUCCGCAUCAAACCUGUACAGCCAAGGGAGAGAACUAGCAGCGCGGCAGCCUCUGCUGCAGUGGAACAGCUCAAAGCUUCUGUUGGCAACCUCAUCCUGCCGCCAAGCGUGGGGUGCACAAUGAAAAGGCAUUCGUCUAGACACCUGAAAUCUCUUGCCUCUGCUGCUGCGGAAACAGAUUCUGACUCGGCCCCAGCUCCAGGUGACAAAUUGGGAAAAUCGCAGACUCCCCGCCUUGCCAUCCGGACAAACAGUUGCGAUGACAAGGUUCCUGAAACAGAUGCCCUGCCCGUCAGUGCGCUAUUUGGACCUCCGCUGGAAUCUGCUUUUGAAAGCGAAGAUUUCUCAGCCCCCCGGUCGUACCUCCUGGCUUCUAGCCCGUCCCCCUUUUCCUCCUCGUCUCCUGAGAAUGUGGAAGACUCUGGGCUGGACUCGCCGUCGCAUGUGGUCACCGGGCCCUCCCCAGAUUCCCGUCUGUGGAGCCCACGGCCCUGCACCCCCCAGAGCCCUCUUGGCAAGCGGUCUUCAAAGAGUUCUCUGAGUCUUCGUGGCAAUCGCCGUGGCCUCCUGGCUGAGGAUGGACCGAACCCUUGGCUGCCCCAACCCACAUCCCAGGAUCUCCCCUGCUUUGCGUCGGAGCCUGACUGGGCAGAUUCUGUAUCCGCCUGGCCUGCAGUGACUCACAGCAAUUCCACCUGCCACCGCGAAGCAUCUUCUCCUGACCCCUUCUCCGUGGAGGGCGCUGUCACCAACCGGCGGGUCUGGGCGGCCAGGCCUCGCAGCCCGACCUCAGACUGCCCCCCACGGGCCUGUGAGCGCGACAGCUGCCUGUCGUCCAAUUCCGCAUCCUCUUCCUCAUCCUCCCCAGCGCCUCCUAGCAGCGGAGACUCCACCAGCCCCUCCCCGUGGGCCCCGCGGUGCCGGGACAUGGAGAGCGGGACACCAGGUGUCCCCGAGGUGUCAUCUGAACCCACAUCUCUUCCUCUGUCUGUCGCACCUGGUUUGGCCACAGUGAUGGCCCCGCCUCGGAGAUGCCGUGCAAAAAGGCCUUCGGCGGUUUCAGCUGCCUGUGUCGGCAGCGACACGCCUCGGUCCUUGAGCCCCUCCCCGCUUUGGGCCUUGUCAGCUCCCCCGAACUCGGCCAGCCUGACGGAACGGGCCUUCUUCAUGGCCACACAGCCAGGAAUUGGCAUCUCCCGUGGUCCAUCCCCUGUGGUCCUGGGCUCUCAGGAUGCAUUGCCUGUUGCAACGGCCUUCACGGAAUAUAUCCAUGCUUACUUCAAAGGUCAUAACUCGGACAGCUGUCUCGUCAAGGUCACCGGCGAACUCACUAUGUCCUUCCCGGCGGGGAUAGUCCGAGUCUUCAGUGGUACCACAGCACCCCCGGUCCUGAGUUUCCGCCUUCUCCACACUGCCUCCAUUGAACAGUUCCUGCCCAACUCUGAUCUCCUCUUUAGCGACCCAUCCCAAAGUGACCCCAGCAGCAAGGAUUUCUGGCUCAACAUGGGGGCCCUCACCACGCACCUCCAGAAGCAGGCAGAACAAGUGACCGCUGCUCCCUACUUUAACGUUCCCCUGCUCAGAUACCAGUAUUCCAAGCACGGCCCUGCUUGGGCGCCCCUGCAGUUGACUGUGAACUGGGAGUGUGCUUCAGACACCACCAGGGUGUGCGUGGAUUACAACUACAAUGCCUCGGCCCUCGCCUCGGCGGUGGCACUCACCAAUGUGCAAGUCCUGCUGCCCAUCGAAGAGCCAGUGGCCAACGUCCGGCUGCAGCCGACGGCCUGUUGGAAUCUGGAAGAGAAGCGCUUGCUUUGGAAGCUGCUGGAUGUCCCUGGUGCCCAAGGCCUUGGAGGUUGUGGCCGCCUGUUGGCCAGCUGGGAGCCCUUGAACGGUCCCACCAAGCCAAGCCCGGUGGCUGCUCAGUUUACCAGUGAGGGCAGCACUGUCUCGGGCACGGAUGUGGAGCUGGUCGGCAGCGGCUACCGGAUGUCGCUCGUAAAGAAGAGGUUUGCCACAGGAAUUUACCUCGCUGGCUGCUGAAGAGGCUUCUCUGUCCAUUGCUGCUUUUAAAGAUGUGUGCUGGAAGAUGGGAAGAAAGGAUAUAUUGUGUUUUAAAUUAUUUUUUUUCUGUUGCCUGGAUUUUAAACACUGGAACAAGAGCAUGGUUGGCCGUAUGAAGCGGCUAGCAACCCCCCUCCCCGCCCAAACUAGAGGGAGGCAGGUCCUUUGAAUGCUGGGAAACCCACACAAUUGCACUUAAGGAGAACAUUCCCUGGUUUAAUUGCCCCUCUGUUUUCACACUCCUCUCAAAAUUGCUUGUUUCCCAUCUCCCCUCCCCUCCCCCUGUUUUUAAGCUCACCACAGCGCUGCCUUCCAGAACUGGGAAGGGGACGGCCUCCUUUCCCCAGCUGCUAGCUGAAGCGCUAAAGGGGGGCAUUGCUCUUUUAAUAAAAACACUUGUUUUCUAAUAAAAUUUUA